UGAGUCUUUUAAAGGUUUCUCCUCCCAUUAAAACCGGUGCAAGUCCCCCCUCCUCCUCCUUUAAUCUGCCCUGCGCUGUGACAUCUGUCCGCGUCUCUGCGCGUCUUCCUCUCAGUGAGUGAUCCGCUGCUGCUGCAACUGCAACUGAUGCUGCAACUGAUGCUGAUCCUCAACACAACCGGCAGAAAAAGUUUCUUCUAAAAUAAAAACUGAUGCUCCUUUUUCCUGCCGACGAAUCGGCCGUCUCUGUGCAGGAUCAGGUGCAGCGGCUGAAUGGCGGCGUUCUGCAGCAGAGACUCUGUCAGAUCUUCAGACGUGGAGAACUUGGUUUGCACGCUGAGUUCAUCUGAGGGAGUAGAAAACUCUCCUCACAUGAAGGUGGUCCACUGCAGACCUGGAGGCGAUGAAGUGGUCCAUUCAAAGAUGUCCAGGUAUCAGACGGCUCUGCACCGAAGCGCCAUGGUGGGGAACAGCGAGACCAUGGCCGCUCUGAUCGCUGGGGGCUGCGCUGUGGACCUGCAGGACCCGCUUGGAAACACGGCGCUCCAUGAGGCGUCCUGGCACGGAUUCACACAGUGCGUCAAACUGCUCGUUAAGGCUGGCGCUGACGUGCGCGUCAAGAACAAGGCGGGAAACUCGGCCCUUCACCUGGCCUGCCAGAACGCACACGCUGCUACUGCUCAGCUGCUGCUGCUCGGAGGUUCGAAUCCCGACGCCAAGAACAAGGUGGGCGAUUCCUGUCUGCAUGUGGCUGCUCGCUACAACAACCUGAACCUGCUGAAGAUCCUGCUGAGGUCGCGGUGCCGCUUGAAUGAGACCAACCAGGUUGGAGACACAGCUCUUCACGUCGCAUCAGCUCUGAACCACAGGAAAGCUGUUCAGCUUUUACUGUCAGCAGGUCUGGAUGUGAGAGUCCGGAACAACGCAGGGAAAACAGCGCUGGAUAAAGCCAGAGAGCACCAGAGCAGACAGGUGGCUCUGCUGCUCUCCAAAGUUCCUCAGGUACGUUACAUGAGGAGAAAGACGAUGAGGAAGCCCAGACUGAGACCGCCGACUCGACCCGCCAAAGUCGGCGCCUUGAAGAUGGAGCAAACAGAACCCAGAUCAGGCGGUGAGGAGCUGGAUGCAGAAGAUCUCGCCUCAGGAAGGAAACACAAUAAAUCGCAGAAGGACGAGUUCUGGGAUGAGGGUGGAAAAACGUUUCAGCUGUACACUCUGUACAGAGACAGGGAGGGCAGAGUUCGGCAGGCUCCUGCCAGCGGCUGCAUCUGCGAGUCUCUCCUAAAGAAGCUGCAGGGCGAUCUGACGACCACGAAGCAGGAGCUGAGGCUGCAGAUCCUGCAUGUCCAGGAGGAGCUGCACAGCCAGAUGGACAGGAUGGAGCGCCGCAACAAACACCAGCUCAGGAAGUUGGAGAUGUUGAUCCAGGAGAAAGCAGCGUCUGAGAGGAGGAGCCUCACAUCCAGGAUGGAGCAGAGAGCAGCACAGGACCGAGCAGAAGCUCUGAGGAACCAGGACGCUCUGAGAUAUGAGCUGAAGAGCUGGUGUCUGUCUCUGCUGGAGGACUUGGACAUCUCAGUUCCAGCUGAGACCGUUUACCAGAACCUGCUGCUGUCUCCGUCCGCAGCAGAAACGGACCUGGAGUCGGUGCCGCUGCUGUUUUCCGGAGACAGCAGCCCUUGUGUGUCCGCCAGCACCCUGACACCCGGAGGAUCUGAGCGUUUGAGGCUGGCCGAACCGACCGGGAGCAGAACCUACUUCGAGAUGAAGGUGGACAGGUGUGCAGAUUACUCCGAGAAACCCUCCAGCAGCACCAGCACCGGUCCACAGGAAGAGGGCUGGAGCUCCAAAAACGACACCAUGGUCCUGGAGUUCCUCAUGGACCGACCUGCUGACCCCACAUUCAUUCAGGAGAGGAAACACCUGCAUGCCAUGGAGGUGACUCAGCAGUUCUUUGACGCCGUGUCGGCUCAGCUGGAGCGCUGGUGCUCCAGGAAGAUCCUGGAGGUGGAGUUCCAGUCGGAGCUCAGGGCCCAGACGGAGAGGAAGGAGAUGCUGCAGCGAAUCGGAGAGCUGGAGGAGGAGCUUCACCGGCUGCAGACCAAUGAGGAGAAAGAGUGCUUCUUGAGACCGAAGAAAUCAGAUUUUAACUGAGGAAUGAUGCAAAGUGUUCUCCCAGCAGACCUUAGCUUCACGUUUGUUGGAGACCUUCAUGUUUGUAAGAUUUUAUCAGGAGAGUCUAAAACACUCUGUCUUUGUCUCCAGGAGAUGAGGGUUCAAAGGGGAUGUUCAUCACAUUUGUUGCACAAAAUCAGUUUUACAUAAUUCUGCCUGUUUUGAGCUCCUUGUAGAACAAAUGGAUGGGCAGUUAUACAACCAUGUAGCUUUGAAAAGCAGAAGUGGAGCCUCCUGCACAAAAUGCAGUGUUUUCUGGAUGGUAAAUCAACAAUAAAACAUUUCUCUCUUGCAGGAGCCAUUGUACAGUGGUAAAACCAGCUGACCAAAUGUGCUGGAGCUCAUUUGAUAGGUACGGGGUGGGGUUGCCAGAUAACAUACAGUUACCUGUUGAAUAUGACUUAACAAUUGGGAGGUUUUUUGGAACAGCUCAUUUUCUAGACACCUUAAAACAUUAACUUAUUGCCAAAGAACGGCAAUAAGUUAAUAAACCACUGGAAGAAACAGUGUUUCCCCCAGUGUAUUAUAAGCCUGGCGGGCUACCAGGCUUUCCUUGUGCCCCCGCCAGGCUAAGUAUUGCUUAUGUAUUAAAUUUUUUGUUUAAUGUUUGCAUCUUUAAGAUAUUAUUUUUGGUGUUCAGGUAUUAAUCUUACAAUCUUUCAAUAGCACAUAAUAAUCAAGUGAUAUUUUUCAAUUUCCUGUCACCUUUAAAGAUUUUUAACUCAAAAACACAAUAAGCCGCUGAAUGAAUGACUGCCCUUGCACCCAACUGAGCUUACAAAGUUUUCUGGGAGAAAACCUUGCACUUAAGUUUUUAAAAUUAGUUUAGAUCCAAAUAGAAGCAUGAAAACAUGCAAAAUGUAAAUUUUGCACGAUUUUUCUGCUGUAUAAUUGUGAUAAACGUCUCAGCUUUUGUAAAAUCCCAGAAGGUUCCUCAUAAUCCAUUCCAUCAAGCGUCAAAACAGGAACCUUAAGAAAAAUAAAUAAAACCUCAGAGUGUCGGUUGAUGUAAAAAAAAGAAGAAAAAAUGCGAAUGUUUUUCUUUCAUUACAGCCUGAUGCACGCUCUUCUCCUUGUGCUAAUGAGCCGAGACAAGUGUAGAGUAAUGUUGAACCGUAUUUUAUGUUGAUUAUUUGCUUGUUAUCUCUGUAGAAACACAAAGCAGAAAAGUUUUUUUUUUCUCGUAACCUUGUUUCUGUAUUUUGAGUGGAAUAACACAGCUUUGCUUAAUGCAUAAAUAAAAACUGCACAAAAUAAAGUAGCUAAAUAUUU